UCCAGUCUGACUCAGAGAGUAGUCCACAGCACCUACUAACAUUGCGUUAUCGUAUUCGUCGUCGUCGUACACAAACGGACAAUAUUACAUACAGCCCGGCUCCCGUAUCCUAUUGCAUUGUAUACCUAUAUAGUAUAUAUCUAAUCUAUACCUAUAUUUGUCGUACGCGAGUGCAAGUGCUAAUUACCGAUUUUCGCAACAAGUGCAAGGAACGAGCCACACCCGUAGGAGUAAAACAAUAAUAGAAAACGGCACACUGCGUUAGCGUAAAAAGUUUUCGGAUCUCGAGGUUGUGUUCUAAAACUUGAUCGGGAGUUGGAUUAUCAUUUUUUUUUUGUUUUAAUCAAAAUUCAACGUGUUGGUCAAUAUCUCUCGCAAAUCUUGAGAAAAAAUUACUUGUAAUACAUUCCCGUCCCCUCGAACGGGCAGUUCAGUCCCAUUCGUGAAACAGUCUAACGUAUGUACUAUACAUAUACAUAUAGGUGUACGUAAAAUGUGUGCAACAAUCUGCGAGAUAUAAUCACAGCAACCGCAGCAAUUAAAUCGUCCACAGUUAUUAAAGUCAAGUCUUCCGGAAUUAUUAGUACUAAGUAAUAGUAUAAUUAUGCUGUCUGUGUCAUGUCGCCCAAAUCGUAGUAUAUUAUGUAUCCGUAGGGUUGUGCGUACAUUGUAAUUAAAGUAGUAGGUGUGAGCGAAAUUGGAAUUUCGUGAAACGAUAGGCAAGUGACAAUAUAAUGCUGUAGCAAUAAGACAUCGCGAAGUGUGUAAACAAAUGAUGCUAGUGCUUCUUUUGUGCGUCAUAAUGAAGAUAGCAGAGUUUUCAGUUGGGCGCAGCGAACUAGCGCCGUCCAAGUCGGUGCGCCCGGUUCGAUCGGCUUCGCCGUCUGGCAAUAAGCGAAAGCGACGUCAUCGCCCAUAUAACCGGAAGCUGAGCGAGAAAUGUGACUGUAUUUUACAGAAAUGUGGGUCGAGGGAUGCUGCCAUGGAUGAACCACAUACACCUGGAUCUGACUGUAAUUCCAACCCAUCCAUGGAUCCGUCAUCUCAAGAUCUCAUAACUUCAGAGUUCGUUCACGACAACAUGGACUAUCAAUGGUUCGCCGAUUGUGGUUAUAGGGACACAGGGCUGCAUGUACACUCGAGUGUAUUGUCCUCGCUAUCCGCUUCGUAUACUUGUGACGAUCUGAGAUAUGAUGCCGAGUGUCGAUACCUUGAUGCAAAUUUCGCUGAAAUUGAUAUGGAAAGUUUCCGGACUGCAGACAUCCACUCUUUGCUCACUCUUCCCGUAAUAUGUACCGAUCCUGUGCAGCACUCAGAGUCAAACUAUCAAAGGGAAAGAUAUGCCAGCAUGUCUGGCUCUAUGAUGGAAAAACUUGACUUUGAUUCUCCCAUCAGCCCCCAUACUAGCAGCCAGGGAGAAGAUUCUGCGUGUUCGACAACAGAUACCAUGUCCAUAUGCAAGUCGUCACUACUCUUCUCUCCUGUCAAGGAGACACCUGUGCUGCCACCAGGUGGCAGUUACAGCGUCGAUUCCCUGGACUGUGAAGACGUUUUACUGACAUGCCAAGCCCACAACAAAAUUAACUACACAAUUGCUUUUGAGGGGAGUAUGACUAUGUAUUCCGACGGUUCGCAAGACUUUGAAAAUCAAGAAAAACAAAAUAUUCGUCAAAUCCCAGAUUUCUAUUAUGACAAAAAGUUGAACUUGAAAAAUAUGUUUGGCCUUUCAAUGGCUAAAUCAGACUCCAAAGUCUACACCACUUGGAGUAACUUGAAACAUAGUCCAGCAAAUAACGUUAUGACUCGUCAUCCAUCUGGCAACAAUAAUACAAUGCCCAAUUUUCUCCAAGCAAACGGACAGCUGAAUUUAAACUUGAAUAAAAAAAGUCAGAGUCUACCAGACCUCACGCAAACUCGAGAGCUGAGCCGGUAUCCUCUUAACUUUUCUGUUGAUUCGGCUGAAUCAAAUAAUCACGUGGGCAAUUUGCAAAGUUCAGGGUCAAUCAUCAGUCGUUCGAUCAAUGAAGAUAGUUCCGAAAGCACGGACCACAUCUCGACAAAAAAAAAGCUCCAAAAUUUGAGCCUAGUGAAACGUUUCAUGAAGCAAAAAAGUAUGAGUGCAGAAGGAAUGAGUAUGACCCUUGAUCAAUCGGGCUCAGCUAGCGACAGUGGUUGGCCAACAAGUAACAGUGAAAGUGGCAGCGGUAGUGGAACUCGUACUCAAAUACAUCAGCAUAAUAUCAAUAAUACCUGUAAUAAUUUGACUUUGGAGAAUGAUUUUUCUAUAAAUUGGGUAAAGUCUGACUAUUACAAUAAUAAAGGAACAGAGCAUACUUUUGCUGGUGAAGAUUUUGACAAUAUUAUAAGGAAACAAUCACCGUUGUUGGAGGAAUUUGAAGGAGAAUUACAGUCUUCCGCAUCUAUUGAAGAAUUGUCAGAGAGCAUUUCGAAAAUUGAAUCCAUGGACGGCAGCAGGUGCGAGAAACACGAAAAUUCUUUUCUGGAAGAUACUGUUACGCAAUCAAAUACAGAACAGAUAAACUCUUCCAGUAAGAAUUCGCCACUUUCAAAAACCACUGGAACACAGGUGUUCACUCAAGUCGAGGACAAUAGCGUCCAAACAUCAUUAAUAUAUCUUACCAAAGACAAAAAUUACCCAUCGAUUUGUGAAACCACCAUUGAAAAAAGGCCGGCCUACAUUGUUUACCCAAAUUACACUCUACCAGACUUGUCGUUUUUGCAACUUGGACAGGGUAAAUUUGACAAAGUAGCGUUAAGACCUCAGUGUUUUGACAGGGACCGAAGUAGAUGGAGAAAGUACAACAAGUCCAACAGGCCAUUCUCCUGCAAUGACCUCGAUGCCAUGAAGCAGCGUGGAUUCUCGCACAUCAAAGAUUGGGAGUCCCUGACGUUUCUGUUACCUGCGGAAUAUAAAAGAAUUCUCCAUGACGUUCCCGAAGCCUCAAAGCAUGUCAAGCUAGCCGAGGAAACAAAAAAACCACUAUUCUGUUUGUCCCCGCAAAUGCGGCACCGUGCUCGUAUUAUCGACGAGGCUACCCCAGAUAAUAUUUCCUCUGCCAGUAGUAUAGGCACACAACCGUCUUCAGGUUAUAGAGGAUCCUCAACAAUUCUAACAGAUUCAUUGAUCAAUCAGCAAGGUGUACCAAAUAAUAGCAAUCCCCUCUAUUUAUAUCGAUAUGAUAGUGCAAGCUCCGAAGCAAGCCUGACCUCCCAAGAUACAAAGCAGUAUAGGCCCUCCUGUAAACCAAAGAUUAACGCACCGACCCUGCCUAAACGGUCCAUCUCGCUGCCUCACGGAGACCGCGAAACUCGUUGCAACACGAAAGCACCUCCUCGACCUCCCCUUCCGAGAGGAAUUUUGAGAAAAGACAAACUGACUAAUAACAAAAGGUAUAGCAUGUUCGAGAUGGGUGGUGUCAAAGAAGUGGAAAAUCAACAGGUCACACCUGAAACAAAUAAAAGAAUGUCUCUGCAAGAACCUUACUACCUCAACAACGAUCAUCAGUCGCAGCAAAUUCGUAGGUUAAUUGAUUCCGAAAAAGAUGUUGAUGAAGUAGAGGAACGUCUGUAUUAUGCAGAGCGAUUGAAAGAGUCUGAAAAUUGUGUUAAUUUAGAACUGUAUCCAACUGAAUGCAGUGACGAAAUUAUACAGUUGGAAGAUUUUCUAAGGUGCAGCGGGUUUUCUUCACAAAGUAGCGACGGCGAUAGCGAAGAUCAAGACGUAAGGCUCAGGUCCUAUGUUAGACAAUUCUUGCGACUAAAUAUGAACAAAGAUUUGGUGAAAAAUGUUGAGAUGAUGGAAUCUCAGAAAAAGACUGUGAGCUUCGCAGUACAACAAAGGAAAGAAUUUCUCAAAAAUAAGGGUUGCACUCUAGGUUUCACAGCAAACAAACAGUCACUGGACGAAAGGAGGACAUCUAUUGCUGAGUCUCCCAGUGGCAGCAGUGAAUUAAAAUCCUUUACUACGAACGGAAAAAGUGAUAUGCUCAGGUCUGUCAACAAGUCUGUGGGUCUAAUAUUGAACUACUGGCGUAUAGAAACAGUCAAGGAUGAACAGGUUCAAGAUAAUAGAAACGAGUGCACCCAACUCUGUCUGAGUAACUUGUGUCCUGCCUUAUACGCUAUCAUGUGCGACGGUUUGCGGCCAAACAUUAAUUCGUCUUUCGGACCCUUAGCUAAUAGUGUCUGGCAAGUGGUCGAGGCAUCUUCUCAACAAGGCCCGUUAACUAAAACUCUGAACGAAUUGGUACAAAAGAUAAAUGGUGAAGACUUUGUCACAGAAGGAAUGCUCAAGUUCCACGCAUUUGUGUUUGGCUUGCUGAACUUGAGGGCACUGGAUGCUUGGUUUGCAUAUUUGUGCACACGGGAAUCUAUCUUACGAAAGCACUACUCCAGAAGCAGUUUAUUUGUUAGUUCUCUCGCCUGCGUUAAUGCCCGAGAAAUGGUGGAUGCACUUUUGGACAUUCUUCAACCUCUUGCAUUGUGCCCGUUUCAACUGGAUAUGCUGUAUCAGUACCGUCAACUUCACAACAGCUUGGGGCAUAUGAACAAUCAUCUAACAAACGCUACUGUAGGCUUAAAAUCUGUGGAUUCGACAGAAGUGAGAGGUCCAAGUAAACGAGAAUUUUUCAACAAUAUUGUUAGUCCUGUCAAGGUAAGACCACGAUCCUGUGUAGACUAUGCAAAAGGGGGAAAUAUGCAAGGUAUCCUGCAUGAGGCUAACUUGAACAACACUAUUAAAAAACGUUGGAGUAAUCUUCCAUCUGGUUCAAAACUGAUCCAAGCAUUUGACAAGCUCACUUUAGAAGACUCCGAAGAUUAUACUGAUAGUCUUGAACAUUCGCCAUUGAAAGUGGGGGCUCCUCAAAACGUUUCAGCUAAAAUCAAAUCUCCCCCAAUUUCUACUGGUAAAGUUGAAAAUGAGGAAAUGUAUCCCGGUGGUGUCAAAUUCAAAAAACUGCAAGAAAAGUGGGAGCUCAUGAUUGGAAAAGAGGAAAAUAAAGAGCAACCUAUCGCCCGAUCACCCGAAUCUCCGGCUCGAACGCCAACAAAUUCGGGGAAGUCAAAAAUUCCCCGAUUGCUGCCUUCCCCUACGAAACAGCCUAUGAACGUGUUAUCUGCCAUUCCAAAAAGUUCGAAAUCAACAACAACUGGUAUACCUUUGUUGAAAAAAUCUGCUGCAAUUGGACAAAAAAUCGUAAAUAAACAGUCCAGUGAAAUCCGUAAAGAUUUAGCAGGUGGUCGAACCAGUCGUCUUGACCAGGAGACAGGUGGCAUUCCACGAACUCAUUUUGCGAGGCCGAGUUCUUUGCCAUACAGGCCGCCACAUGGUGGUGGCACCAAAGAAAAAUGCUCGACAUCCCCUCAUAGAAGAGCCGCGUCUACCUCGUUGCCAAGGCCCACAGCUGUCAUGAGAAACGCUAAAAUAGGAACGACAAAACCACCUCUCAAGUGGAGAAGUCAAGACACUCACCCACAGGUUACCAUCGGACAACGGUCAUCUUUCAUUCAGCGAAGGUGAAAAGCUAACUGUUAUUCUUGAAGUAGAUAACAAGUGGUUACUUUGUUUGAGAGGUGAACACAAAGGUUUGGUUCCAAGAUCGUGCGUGCACGCUGUACAAACCUGACACACUUCUGUUACGGACGAAUUGAAAAACUCGAUCUGUCUAGGAUCGUCAUCAUGUACCGCCAAUGCUUGAAAAAAAUUCAUAACAAUAAACAUAAUGUGUACAGUGUAUUAAAUAUGAAACGUAGGAAAGCUUUUUGCAAAGUAAUACUCUAUAUAUUAUUUAUCUGUUAGUCUAUUAAUACUAGGCAAAUUAAAGUCCUUGUAGCUUCAUUUCUAUUGCACCUCGUAAUAAAUGUUAUUUCAUAGCAUUAUGAAGAAUUUGAGACUAGUAAGUUGAUAGACAUAUUGAUGUACUGCUAGUCAUAGAUUUUCAAACCAGAUUGUAUUUAAUUUUGUGAAAAUACUUGUUUAUAACCACGUUGUAAAUACAUAACACACGUAUUAUAGAAUACCUAUAAAUAUACACUAUACACGUAUACAGUAAUUAUGAUUAAUAAGUAAUAACUCAUCUAAUAAUGCAUACGCUAAUUAUAACUGUGAUCAUAGUGGAUAGGCAAAUGACUUUAUUCUUAAGGAAAUGCGAUGAAUCUUUGCUUCAAAUUUUGUCCUAUCGUGUUUUCCUUGAUCAUUCGUUCCAGCAACCCCUAUAAACUGAAUAGUUUCAAUCAACUAUUCUCUUUGGUUUUAGUGAUUUUACUCCGUAAUGUGUUUUUUUACUUACUUUAUGUAUAAACUGAUAAAAAAUAAUGAGACAAGUAUCCAAACACAUAUACAUAAUCUAAUAAACUUUAUUAUCACCUA